ACCUUCAUUCCAGGGGAGACCUUCGCCUCUACUGGUUUCCAGUUCAGGAGGGCCCACAACACGGUCUCCAAGAUAGUGCACGAAGUGUGCAUAGCUAUAUAUGAAGUUUUGGCACCUGACUUCAUCAAGCUACCAUCAACGCCGGGCGAGUGGAGACAAGUUGCCCGGGGGUUUGAAGAGCUGUGGCAGUUCCCGCAUUGCCUGGGCGCCUUAGAUGGCAAACAUGUGACCAUCUGCCCACCUCUGGGUACAGGAGCCAUGUACCGGAACUACAAGGGCACAUUCAGCAUUGUGCUGAUGGCUCUUGUAGAUGCCGACCUCAAGUUCCUGUACGCAGAUGUGGGCAGGAAUGGACGGAUGAACGAUAGCGGUGUCUGGGCUGCCACAAGCUUACGGGCACAUAUCGACCGUGGCUCUGCUGGUUUCCCGGAGCCAGCACAGCUGCCAAACUCAUCGAAGGUGGCACCGUUCGUUAUUAUUGGUGACGAAGGGUUUGAACUCAAGCCGUACCUGCUGAGGCCCUUUCCAGCAGCUGAGCUAAAGGAUCCAGAGACGAUGUUCAACUAUCGACUCUCCCGGGGACGUCGCAUUGUGGAAAAUAGCUUCGGAAUCCUCCGCAACCGGUUCCAAGUCUACGGGCACCCUCUUCGGCAAAAGCCUCACAGGGCUGUCAAAGUUGUGAAGGCAACAAUUGCAUUGCACAACUUCCUCCGGACGAAGAACAGUUCAAGGGGGAGGUACACGCCUCCAGAAAGUCUCGACGUUGAGGACGUCCUCACAGGAACAGUACGCGGUGGCACAUGGAGGAAAGACGUGAACGACAAGGUAGUCUUCCCUGUGCAACGCAUUGGCGGCAAGCCAUCAACCGACGCCAAAGCCGUUCGGACGGUCUUCAAGGAGUACUUCUGGGAUGAAGGCCAAGUCUCUUGGCAGUGGAAGUUACUGAAGUAAUGCCACCACAACGACCUGUGAAGAUAUGGCUGCUUCCACGAGGGCCUUAUGCGCGGCAAGCAUGCCCAGCUGCCUGCUGGUACCCCUUGAUAUCGUCCGAGCAAGCCCCUCCAUCAUCAGGCCAAAGCCCCGACACUCAUCAGGCUCCACCUCCCUGGCAGACUUGAGGCUGUUUACAGCUGCCUGCAGCAGUGCCGCCUUGUUUGUCGCCAGUUCCUCCGUGCUGUGACGGCGGCUCCUUUUGGCCGGUGCCUCAGGUGGUGGACUUUCGUCUUCGGACCUGUAGUCAUCGGGCACGUGGCAGGAAUCCUGCAGACAAUUUGUGUUGCAUCUUAUCCUUUUCUUUCAUUUGCAAGUGUUGAACUAAAGAGAACUUUCAGUGGAUGUUAUGUGCAGAUUUUCACACAAGUGUUAAACAAAAUAUUGGACUUUUAGUGUAUGUAACAUGCAGUUUUUCACAAAAACAGUUUAACAUGUGUAGUUAACAAGGCCAUCAUGAUUCCACAAGGUACUAAUUGCCGAAGUAAAACCUAAGGCAUAGGGAGGGGCUCAUACACUCAGUGAGACAAGAUAUCUCUGCAGUUGUUAUGGAACACUGCUGCAAUCCUCCCAUAUUUGGAGGUGCUGACAUCAACAGUGAUGGGUAUUAUAAUAAUCUUUUAAGUGCUUUUUUAAAUAUAAUUUUCUCAAUUUUUGUGUGAGGGCUAUAGCAUGCAGAUCUGCAGCACCUUUUGGCAAAUAUAUGGCCAUAUGUAAUGAGUACUCCUCUCCGUCGUGGAGCUAAAUAUUUGGGCACCGUAGGCGUCAUACAGUUUGGUCAUGAACUCGAUUUUUUAGCGAUCCUGGGCCCCCGAAAUAUAUGCUGCAAGCACCAACUUUUCUCGGUCAAGGGGGAAAAGUCCCCUCGGUUAAGGCACUCACCAUAUCCUCUUGGGAAACAUGGACUGCUUCAGGCGCCUCGGCAGUCGACUCACUUGGAGCUUCCGGUGCACCACCGGACAAAAACUUCAUUUUCUUGAAGUGCACCCAUUUUGGGACAUGGACAUCGUCGGCCCCAGCACCAGAGCGUUGCGUGUCUUUUACCUUCCGGUUCUCUCUCUGGUACUGGGACCGGAGGUUCGUCCACUUGUUCUUUACUUUGUCAACUGCAAUGUAUUGAAACAAAAUUAUGACACCUUCACAAACAGCAGCACAAUUUUGAGGUGUUGAAUGCUCCAAAGUGUGUUGAUGUCAAAUCUCCGAAAUUUAUGCUAAUGUGUUUACUCAGUCAUUCUUGAAUAAAACUGGUGUGUCUGCUGAUCUAAA